GUUAAACUUUUAUUCCUUCGAAUUCCACACCACAAUUCUGCCGCAAUCUCAAACCAAACAGACCCUUAACAUCUCACUGAGAAAGUGUCCCACAUUUUCCUUUUCCUCUUCCAUGGAUGAUAACAAAGUUUCAAUUUUUCUCUGAUUGAACAAACACGGUGGUGAAGCAAUGCGGCGAGAGAUCGCGUUUCUCGCUCAACCGCGAUUCAUUCUUCUCCUCCUUGUUCUUUCAAUUUUCCUCAUUUUUGCAUUUUCUACUUCUAAACGGGCCGAUGAGAAAGCAGAAGAGGAGCCCGAAAUUACACAUAGAGUUUUCUUGGAUAUUGAUAUUGAUAAACAGCGUUUAGGUAGGAUCGUGAUUGGAUUAUAUGGCCAAGUGGUACCAAAAACUGUGGAAAAUUUUAGAGCUUUGUGCACAGGGGAGAAAGGCGAGAGUUCAAGUGGUGUAAAACUUCAUUACAAGGGAACACCAUUUCAUCGGAUAGUAUCCGGUUUUGUGAUUCAGGGUGGAGAUAUUGUUCAUCACGAUGGCAAAGCAUCCGAAUCUAUAUAUGGUGGCACCUUUCCUGACGAGAAUUUCAGGAUUAAACAUUCUCAUGCUGGCGUUGUUUCUAUGGCGAAUUCGGGACCUGAUUCCAAUGGUUCGCAGUUUUUCUUCACCACAGUGAAGGCCAGUUGGUUGGAUGGAGAUCAUGUUGUUUUCGGCAAGGUUGUUCAAGGUAUGGAUACCGUGUUUGCAAUUGAAGGGGGAGCUGGAACCUACAGUGGAAAACCGAGGAAAAAGGUAGUGAUUGCGGAUUCUGGAGAGAUACCGAAAAGCCGGUGGGACGAGGAAAGUUAACCACCAUACAUAACAUGUUUACCAAAACAAUGAUUUGGUUGGAUUGUGUUAGAACAUGAUUCUGGGUCUUUGAUAGGAAAUGAAGAGUUUAUUUUCUCAAAUCAUGUUUUUAAACAUAGAUCUUGACCCAAAAAAUUUGGUAGAUUGUUGCUAGUUAACUUUCCUUUUGUGGAGCUAGUUCUAGUGUGAAAUUUUGUAACAAAAAUUGAUUUUAAUUUCAUAGCUUACUAUACGUGUGUAUCUAUUCUAUAUUACAAUUAACUUGGCACUGCAACUUCAAAGUGUAUUAUGUGUUCUAGUUACUCUAAUGUGUAUUUAAUAUUUAUGUCUGUGUUGCACUUCA